UAAAAGGUGCUAUUUGCUAACUAGUUCUCAACAUAUAGUAUUUUCCAUAUAUUUACAUACAUUGAUCAGUUUUAUUUACUUGACAUAUAGGAUAUAGUACUCUUCAUAUACUUCUUUCUUUUUUCUUUUGUUCAUUUCAAUAUGCAAAAUCAACAAAACCAACCUCCUUCAGGUUAUCCUACAGAAUCUACACCACCACCAACUGAAAAGAAGAACAAGAAGAUGAAGUGCUUCCCAAGAAGUAAACCAAAAGGAGAAAGGGGCUUCAUUGAAGGAUGCCUAUUUGCACUAUGCUGCUGUUGGGUAUGUGAAGUGUGCUUUUGAUUGAAUAUUUAGGAUUUGGACCUAUAUGAAGGAGUCCAUAAUGAGUUCACUUGGUGUUGAUGUAUUUAACUAGUGAUGUAUUAUAUACUUAUGUUUUUCACUAAAUUAUAGUAUAAUGUGUGAUGUGACACACUGUAUAUUAAUUAAUUAAUAAUAAGGUGUGUUAUUUUUCUUUCUAUUUGUUUUGUAUGUUUUUGAGGUCUGAAGAAUUGUUGUUGUGUAAACAAUCCUUGAGAUAAUACAGUUCUUGUUUUCCUUUCUUUA